AUGAGCUCCAUAAGCUUUCUCCUGACCUUCCUGCCUGUCUGGACAUGGCAUCAGUGGUUCCUAGCUCUUCAUACCCCCUAUCGCUAUGGCAGACUCAUCGGCAAUCUCAUAGGUAAGUAUCUCUAUCGCCCCUAUCCAGUCCUUCGCGGUCCCAAAUACAGCGGUAAGGACGUCACAGUUCUUAUCCCCACCAUAACUGAUGACAUGGAAGAGCUCCGGCCGCACUUCCUGAGCAUCCUCGCCACGCCCAUCCACCAGCUUAUUCUCGUCACCACAGACAACCGCAAGGCCAAACUACUCGCCUUCACCGAAGAUCUCGCUGACCCGCGCAUCCAAGUUUAUAGCGUCCCGAUCGCUAACAAGCGCACUCAGCUGGCGGCCGUGAUCCCCACCGUGCAAACCUCCAUCUGCAUUCUCGUCGACGACGACGUCACUUGGACCCGCACAAUCCUCCCUUGGCUCCUCGCCCCCUUCGAGCAUCCUCGCAAUGGCUCGGUCGGCGUCGGCAUGGCCGCCAUCCGUAUACGCUCCGGCUCGCUUUUCACACGUUGCAUCAACUUUCUUGGUGCCGUCUACCUCGAGCGUCGCAACUUUGAGGGGGCCGCCACGCUAACUCUCGAUGGCGGCAUCUCGUGUAUGUCCGGUCGCACUAACGCUCUCCGCACGUGCAUCCUUCAAGAUGAGGCUUUUCUCGACGCUUUCUGCAACGAGAAGUUUAAUGGGGUUCCGCUUGCGACGGGAGAUGACAAGAUGAUAACACGCUGGCUUGUCCAAAAAGGAUGGGGAAUGUAUGUGCAGUACCAUCCCAAGGCACAGCUUCUCACUACCUUAGAGAGCGGGUUCAAAUUCCUGUAUCAGUGCCAGCGAUGGGCGGGCAGUAGCUGGCGCGGAAACUACAAGACCCUCUUCGUUGAGUCGAACCCGUGGGCUGUGUGCAAGAAGCAGCCCUGGACAUUCUAUGCCAAGUACAUUGCUGUGUUUACUUCGAUGGGGCUAAUCACUGAUCCUUUGACCUGGUACUGCUAUUAUCAGAUUCGUUCACUCUUGGAUCCAACUUCUAUUUGGGCAGGUAACUCUGGGUGGGUCCUAAUGUUCCUUCUAUAUCUCUUUACCAAGACCAUUAAGCUCGAGGGCCUCUUCCGCGCACACCCCAAAGAUCUGGGAUUCCUGCCAGCCAGUAUCCUAUUUGGGCUCUUCCAUGGAUUCAUCAAGAUGAAAGCCUUCUGCAAAGACAAAGGCUGGCUCAGCCGGUAA